AUGGCCCCCAACCGCGUGAUCCAGGACUCCGACGACGAGGACGACCCUCUUUCCUGCGAGGCUCAACCUCCGCCCCCCAUCGUAUCUCCCAGGCGAGAGAAUCGCCCAGCAAAUAGCAGUUGGGAGGACGAUGCUUCGGUUGUAAAUGACGACAAUUUGCAGGAUGGUGUUGCUGAUAAUCAGAUCCAAGAAGAGAUCAACCAUGUUGGAGACAUCGGUGUCAACUUCGAUGACUUCCUACAGUCGCAGUCGCAAGAUGCGCAGAGACGGGCGUCGAUAUCCUCGUCUCAACGGAGGAGGGAGGAGAGGUGGAUUCCGGGCAGGAUUGGCAAUGGGAUUGCGAGGGGAUCUGGGUCGAUUGCGUUUAUGAUGUCCGAGAUCGACAUGGCACAGAGGCGACUGCUUGAUGAUGAGACUCCACACAUUGGACAGCAGAUUCCUUCGACUGCAACUGUUCCAUUUACAGAAUCAGAAUUGGGAUACAUAGAUCAGCAACACCAGCAGCAAAGUUUGCAAGGAGUUGAUUAUAGCACUCUGGGUUAUCCUGAGGAGUAUCCGCAGGUUCAAGUGCCCGUUUUACACCCUGAGUGGUAUAACUCGGAUCGAAAUCAAUGGGUCGAGAAUGCCUUGAACGUUGAAGCAGCCCACACCAACAUUUCGACGUUUGACCGCACUCAGUCAAAUCUAUCCUCCAAUGCCUACGAUUCCGCACUGCAAGGAUUUACGAACGCAGACGCCGCAAUGCAUGAGACUAUACAAACAGAGAUAUUGAAUAAAACUCCCAUUCGAUCAAAAUCGCUACAAGAGCCAGCGCUUGACUCUCCACACGAUACAGAGCCGUUUUCGUCAAUAAGAUCACCAAACGUGAGCAGAUCGAAAAGCGAGAAUACUGCUCAGCAGAGUGCACAGCGGCAGUCUCAAGAAAAUACAGCUGACGAACUAUCCGCUCAUGUUGCUGUUGAAAUCCCGGUGAUUCAGAAGAAGAAAGCUCCAAAGACAAGGAAGUCCCAACCGCAACCGGAGGAUGAUGACGACGAUGAACUCGCUGCACCUAGUGACUCGAAGAGCAAUAAGUCAAAGGCUAGGGAGACUAGCCGCUCAAGGAGCAAGAAGCAGGUCGACCAUCUCAACGAAUCCAACGGACAGGUCGAAACAAACACACCACAUCCUAUCACCAACGAACCCAAACCCUUAGGUGACACACCCCAUACCACAAACCCCGACCACGACGAAAUCAACCUCAUCCAACUCGACGGCCCCAAAACCCAGCCCCAACCCCCCGAACCCUCACAAACCGAACCCAACCACUUCACAGAACCACCGAAACCACUCCGCAAAGAACCCAAGAAAAAGAAACUCAAACGUGGCAAAACAACCUCCGUCACGCUACAGAAAACCUACGAACCAGACGUCGAAGGCGACGUGAUUUGGAUCGACGACCGACAACACGAUCAUCGACCGGACUCAAUUCCCACUCCCGACUCGAUUUCGACUCCCGCGGGAGACCAAGAAACACUCGCUGCAGUAGAGAUUCCUAUUACCGGCGGAGACGAGGAACAGGGUAAUCCUAAUCCACAACCGGCGCUGAAGAAACGCGGACGGAAGAGGAAGAAGACCUCUGAGCAACCGUAUGCGUCUGUUGAGGAGGAAUCAACUGAAAUCAGUGGAUAUGCACCUGGUCAACGUCUCAGCAGCUUGUCCGUUGUCGUCGAGAAGCCUGCGAACGACAACGACAAGCAGACGCCAAACCCAUUCACAGUCGACAAGACACAACGUUCCUCCGGCCUAGUGCCAGGCCCAGUACCUGAACCCGAGCCCGAGCCCGAACCCGAACAGACCUCAAACGCUCCCAAAACGCCCAAGAAAUUGAACUCGGCACCGGAUAUUUUCAACCAAGAAGGGCAAUCUGGUCAGAACACAUUAACCAAACCCACCAAUAACGACAACAAAGGACCUAGCAAACAUUCUCCCAUCGCAGGCACGAGCAAAGUGCCCUACCGUGUCGGAUUGAGUCGUCGUGCACGAAUUGCGCCUUUGCUGAAGGUUAUUAGGAAAUGA